GUUAAAAUGAGUAAAUAGAAUAAUUAAAAGUAGAAUAGAGACUAGAGAUAUAACUAUAUCUAUAAUAUACUAUUUGUUAUUAUAUUUGAUAUUGCUAAGGUGCAGGAUCGUCCAUGGAUGUUAGAAUUAAGUCUGCAUUGAUACUGGCAUAAUUUACACAAUGCAUAUACAUAUGAUAGAAGUAUACACAGAGAUUAUUAAAAUAUGAAUCUGAAAUAUACCAGAUGUGAUGUACAAUGUAAUAAAAUAAAAAUCCAGGUGAGUAGUCGUCACUGUCAGAGGAGAGUCAAUGUACACAGAUGUAGAAAGAAAAGUAGAAAGUAGCAUCAAAUGGAAAUAAGUAAAUAAAUCAAGAACAAGAGCCUCAAAGUACAGUUCUUCAGUAAAUUUGCUUCGCUAAUUUCCACCAUUACAAUCAUAAUAAUAAUUGAUUAUUGAUAUAAGCCAUAUUUAUAUUGAUUUAAAGGUUUUAAAGGUUGUGAGCUGCAGUUCCUCGGCUCGGCCGCUGGGGGCGCUGAUGACGCGCCUGAAACUGUAAACAAGCCGCGGUGAUGACGCAGGUCCAAGAUGGCGGUGCAGGUGGAGUUGUGCAGUUUGGAGAGUUUCCCGGCUCACCUGAGUCCUCUGGAUGUUCUGGUGUCAAAGUCUCAGCUGGGUUCCGUUUUCCAGAAUGACUCGGACCCACCGACGGUCCUCUUCAUCCCGCAGCGGCCUCACGGCUGCGGGAAGCCGGGCAUUUUACUGCGCGUUCACCCGGCCAGCGAGGAGGGUCCGGCGGCCGACGCCGAGCCCGGGACCCGGGCGGACACCGAGCACGGCGGCCGCGUCAGGCUGCUCACCAGCCGCCUCUUCCUGCGGCUCCACGGGCUGCAGAGGCUCGGCAGCACUGGGACCGUCCGGGCUCUGGAGCCGGUCAGCCUGGACCGAGUGGUGCUGGGAGCCCGCAGCAGGCAGAGCCUCCGCUGGGCCGCAGCCGAGCGGUUCACCGGCGGAUUGCUGGAGCUCUGCCGCCCGGGACAGUGGCUGCUGGCCCGGCAGGGAGACCCGCUGCUGCUGCCGGGGCAGCAGCAGCUGGACCUGCUGGUGUUGGAAUGCAGUCCAGUGACUCAGGGACGGAUCACCGCCGACACCUCCCUGGUUCUGACGGACUGCUGUGAUUGGUCGGAGCCGGCGGGCGCCGCCCCGCCCUGCAGGCCGCUCAGACUGUGCGUGUCAGAUUUCGCUCAUUACGCCGACAGCCUGGGAGGGGGGCGGUCUCUCCUGGACAGCAGGAAGCUGCUGGGCUCGGGGUUCUCGGGCGUCCUGCAGGCGCUGGAGUGCCGGGUGGACGUCCGUGUGGUGGACGCUCGGCGGUGGCUCGGGGUCAAAGGUCAGCGGGGAGACGCCGUCGACGCGGACGGCUGCGUGUUCGUGAGCAAACAGCUGCUCCUCCGGCUCGGCCUGUUUAACCACGAGUGGGUGAAGCUGUCGCGGCCGGGCGGAGCCUCCAGACCGCCGGCGGGUCACGGUGACGUCAGAGGGGGCGUCGGCAGAGAGCGGCUCGUCUCCGUGGUCGCGGUGGAUUUAACUCUGAAUCCAGAUCUGCAGCUGCAAGACGAGACCGGAUUCAUAUCAGAGACUCUGUGGUUCAACCUGACUGAAGGAGAAGAAGUCAACAUGAACGGCUGCAGCCUGAGGAUGAAGAGGUGGCAGCAGAGUCCUCCGGAGCCCGGCGGCGGCGGCGGCGGCGGCGGCGGCCACCGAUCCGACAGUUUCUGUCGCUCGGCUUCUCCGUCGUUCGCCAGUGAACUUCACAUCCAGCCGGUGGCGUCUCCGCUGUACGGCGGCCUCGGCUGCUACGACGACCUGCUGGCCAAACACUUCAGCACGCCGAGACUGGUUUCAGUGGGAGACGUCCUGACGGUUCCAGCUGAAAACCAUCCGGACCUGCUGGAGAACAGCUCAGAGGGAAUAAACAGGUGUCCAGCGCUGUUCUUCAGAGUUCAGAAGUUGUGUCCAUCUGCAGAGACAGAAGAAGGAGAAGAGAGAGGAGCGCUCCUGGCCGACAGACUGCACACCUCGCUCUACAUGGGAGCGUCGACCAGCAGCCGGGUCCCAUCCUGCUGCUCGGCGGACGGAGCGUCUCUGUGGAGCAGCCUGUCUCCUCCGGGCCUCAGCAGGACCGUCGACCUGCUCAGCAGCAUCAUCCUGCCUCACCUGCAGCACAGCAGCUCUCUGUCUGGUUGCACCGUCCUCCUCCACGGUCCUGCAGGAAGUGGGAAAGUGACGGCGGUCAGCGCGGCGAGUCGCAGACUCCACCUCCACCUGCUGAAGGUGGACUGUGUGACUGUGUGCGCCGACACUCCUGCAGCCUCUGAGGUGAAGCUGACUUCGGUGUUUCAGCGCGCAGACGCCCUGCAGCCCUGCGUCCUGCUGCUCAGGAACCUGCAGCUGCUGCUUCGGUCUCGGGGGGGCGCCGACGAGGACGGCAGGGUCCAGGCGGCGCUCUGCCGGCUGCUCAGCAGCGCCCCCAGCAGCGUGGUGGUGGUGGCGACAGUCUGCCGGCCUCGGGAGCUGUCUGCAGGCAUCAUGGCGGCGUUUGUCCACCAGGUGGCGUUAGAGAGUCCCAACGAGGAGCAGCGCCACGCCAUGCUGGUCAGCCUGAGCCGAGAGCUUCACCUGGGGAGAGACGUCAACCUGGACAGACUCGCCAAACUCACCGCGGGUUUGGUGUUGGGGGAUCUGAGCGCUCUGCUGGUCCAGGCUGGGCGAGCCGCCCGCAGGAGGCUGAUCCAGACCUGCGUGGGCCGGCGGGAGGAGGAUCUGUGUUCCAGCGGAGUGACCAUCCUGAACCGGGACUUCACCUCCGCUCUGGAGACCCUGCAGGACGCCCAGUCCAAGGCCAUCGGAGCCCCCAAGAUCCCUCAGGUGCGUUGGGAGGACGUCGGAGGUCUGCAGCAGGUGAAGAAAGAGAUCCUGGACACGAUCCAGCUUCCUCUGCAGCGUCCCGAGCUGCUGUCUCUGGGUCUGAACCGCACCGGAGUCCUGCUGUACGGACCUCCGGGCACCGGCAAAACCCUGCUGGCCAAGGCUGUGGCCACUGAGUGCUCCAUGACCUUCCUCAGUGUUAAAGGUCCAGAACUCAUCAACAUGUACGUGGGUCAGAGUGAAGAGAACAUCAGAGAAGUGUUCAGCAGAGCGCGCUCAGCGGCUCCCUGCGUCGUCUUCUUCGACGAGCUGGACUCUCUGGCUCCCAGCAGGGGGCGCAGCGGAGACUCAGGGGGGGUGAUGGACAGGGUGGUGUCUCAGCUGCUGGCCGAGCUCGACGCUCUGCACUCAGCCGUCGGCGUUUUUGUGAUCGGAGCGACGAACCGGCCGGACCUGCUGGACCAAUCGCUGCUGCGGCCCGGCAGGUUUGAUAAACUCGUCUACGUUGGAAUAAACGAGGAUCGAGGUUCUCAGCUGCAGGUUCUUCAGGCCGUCCUCAGAAAGUUCCAGCUGGACCCUGCGGUGAACCUGCAGGAGCUGGUGCAGCGUUGUCCCUCCCACAUGACCGGCGCCGACAUCUACGCUCUCUGCUCAGACGCCAUGACGGCCGCCAUCAAGAGGAAGAUCUCUCUCAUCGACAACGGUCUGGACUCAGAGGACUCGCCCGUCCUCCUCGCUGUUGAAGAUUUCUCGACAGCGUUGGAAAACUUUAAGCCUUCGGUUUCAGACCAGGAGCUGCUGCGAUACAAAAACAUCCAACAGAAACUAACUGCAGAGUAAAAACAACUCAAACUGUUUGGUCAACAUGAUCCAACAUCAUCUGCAGCUGACAGGUGACGACGUUCACUCUGGCAGUAGAUCAGGACUCACAUCAAGUCUAACUGUGUCUUAAUUUAAAGUGCCGAUUAACUCACUGUUGUAAAAUACUGUAAAACACUAUGUAUAAAUGUAAAGUUAAUUUAUAAAAUUGUAAAAUGUAAUAAAUACAGCAGGUAAUUUAUGCUAAUGAGAAAA